AUGGAGAAUCGGAGUGUGCCUCCUGGGCCUUACCGGGCAACCAGGCUGUGGAAUGAAGUUACCACAUCUUUUCGAGCAGGGAUGCCGUUAAGAAAACACAGGCAACACUUUAAAAAAUAUGGCAAUUGUUUUACAGCAGGAGAAGCAGUGGAUUGGCUUUAUGACCUGUUAAGAAACAAUAGCAAUUUUGGUCCUGAAGUUACAAGGCAGCAGACUAUCCAACUAUUGAGAAAAUUUCUCAAGAAUCAUGUAAUUGAAGAUAUCAAAGGCAAAUGGGGAUCAGAAAACCUUGAUGACAACAGCCAGCUAUUCAGAUUUCCUACAAAUUCUCCACUGAAAGCUCUUCCACGAAGGCAUCCAGAAUUGCGAAAAAGCAGCAUAGAGAACUUUUCUAGAGAUAGGGAUACUAUUUUUAAAUUACGAAACUUGUCUCGUAGAACUCCUAAGAAGCAUGGAUUACAUUCCUCUCAGGAAAAUACAGAAAAAAUGAACUGUGAAAUAAUUAAUGAAGAUCAAGAAAACUCAGUUGAUAAUAGAAAAAUAAGCCAGGAAGAUGUUGAAGAAGUUUGGAGAUAUAUUAUUCUGACCUACCUACAAACCAUUUUAGGUGUGUCAUCACUGGAUGAAGUCAUAAAUCCAAAACAAGUAAUUCCUCAAUAUGUAAUGUACAACAUGACCAAUACAAGUAAACAUGGAAUAGUUAUACUACAAGACAAAUCAGAUGACCUUCCUCACUGGGUAUUAUCUGCUAUGAAGUGCCUAGCAAAUUGGCCAAGGAAUAAUGAUCUGAAUAACCCAACUUAUGUUGGAUUUGAAAGAGAUGUAUUUAAAACUAUUGCAGAUUAUUUUCUACAUCUCCAGGAACCUCUACUUACUUUUGAAUAUUAUGAAUUAUUUGUGAACAUUUUGGUUGUUUGUGGCUACAUCACAGUUUCACAUAAACUCAAUGGGAUUCAUAAAAUUCAAGAUGAUCCACAGUCUUCAGAAAUCCUUCACUUAAACUGUUUGAAUUCCUUCAAAUCAACUGAGUGUCUUCUUCUUAGUCUACUUCAUAAAGACAAAAACAAAGAAGAAUCAGAUACUACUGAGAAACUACAGAUAAGUGAUCAAGGAUUUCAAGAAAAAUGUGCUAAAAGAGUACAGCUAGUUAAUUUAAAAAACAGAAGAGCUAAUGAUGUAAUGGGUGGAAGCUGUCAUAAUUUAAUAGGCUUAAGUAGUAUGCAUAUUCUAUCCUCUAACAUCAAACAAAAGUGCUAUUCUUUAGAAGGAAUUGUAGAUAUGCCAGGGAGUUCAAGUAUAGAGGUCUCCAGCAUGUUCCAUCAAUCUGUUCUAAACAUAGAAGGACAAAGUAAACAACUUUCAGAAUCUAAAACCAAACAGGAAUCCCUAAUGAAACUUCAUUCAGAGGAAAGCAUUGAAAAGCCAGUCUCUGUUGGUUUUAGGAAAACAUCUACUCUAACUAUUCAAGAACAAGAAAAGUUAUAUAGUGGAAAAUGCAAGUCAAAACAACUUUGUAGAUCUCAGAGUUUACUUUUAAGAAGUAGUACAAGAAAGAAUAGCUAUAUCAAUAUGCCAGUGGCUGAAAUUAUCAUGAAACCAAAUCUUGGACGUGGCAUUACAAGUGUGCAAACAGCUAUGGAAAGUGAACUCGGAGAGUCUAGUGCCACAAUCAAUAAAAGACUCUGCAGAAGUGCAGUAGAACUUUCAGAAAAUUCUUUGCCUCCAUCUUCUUCUAUGUUGACUGGCACACAAAGUUUGCUGCACCCUCAUUUAGAGAGAGUUGCCAUUGAUGCACUGCAGUUAUGUUGUUUGUUACUGCCCCCACCAAAUCGUAGAAAACUUCAACUUUUAAUGCGCAUGAUUUCUCGAAUGAGUCAAAAUGUUGAUAUGCCCCGACUUCAUGAUACAAUGGGUACAAGAUCACUGAUGAUACACACUUUUUCUCGAUGUGUGCUGUGCUGUGCCGAAGAAGUGGAUCUUGAUGAGCUUCUUGCUGCAAGAUUAGUUUCUUUCUUAAUGGAUCAUCAUCAGGAAAUUCUUCAAGUACCCACUUACUUACAGUCUGAAGUGGAGAAACAUCUUGAAUACUUAAAAAGAGGCCAUAUUAAAAAUCCUGGAGAAGAACUGAUUGCUCCUUUGCCAACAUACUCAUACUGUAAGCAGAUCAGUGCUCGGGAGUUUGAUGAACAAAAAGUUUCUACCUCUCAAGCUGCAAUUUCAGAACUUUUAGAGAAUAUAAUUAAAAAUAAGAGUUUGCCUCUAAAGGAGAAAAAGAAAAAACUAAAACAGUUUCAGAAGGCGUAUCCUCUGAUAUAUCAGAAAAGAUUUCCAACCACAGAGAGUGAAGCAGCACUUUUUGGUGACAGACCUACAAUCAAGCAACCAAUACUUAUUUUAAGGAAACCAAAGUUUCGUAGUCUAAGAUACUAACUGAAAUAAAAAUUAUGUAAUGUUUGUGGAACUAUGGUGAAUUAAGCCAUAUCUGAAUCUCACAAGUAAAUAGAGUAUUUAUUAAUAAGGUUUUUCUUAAAAGGAUACAUUAUAUAAG